AUGUCUGCCAUCACAACCACUGUGUCAUCAAAUCUGAACCCACUCAGCAAAACUGGCACCAAGGUGAAACACACGACAACCAACUUUGGUUGUUGUGAGAGGCGCACCAUGGCAUCUGAGCCGAGUGUAUACAAUGAAGAAAGGAACCGUCUUCGCCUCCAAGCAUGGGAACUGAGGAACCAAGAAAUAAGCCAAACCAAAGAACUCAACACUGAGAAUGUGCCGCUCUUUAAGGAACCAUACAAGACAACCAAAGGGGAUGAGCUUUCCAAUCGAAUCCAGAGGAUGCUGGGCAAUUAUGAAGAUGUGAAUAAUCCGUAUCCCUUUGCCAUUGAGCCUUUACCCAUUCCUUCUUAUGUGGCCUUCUCACAGUCGGAUCAGGGUCAGCUUAACACGGAUAAGCCUCCAUUCCAUAACCAGGUCCAUUACUCAUCCACCCAAAGUCAGAAAGCCCCCUCUAGUGACUGUUACUCCACUCAGCCUGUGAGGAUGCCUGCUCCCUCAUCUUCUCCUAACCACCAUCGACAUUCAUCCACUUUCUCAAAUGCCACUUUGAACCACAGUUCGCUCACCCUCUUGGCGCAUCAACAAAUCAAGGGUGAAGUCCACUCAGAUCUCAGGGAUUGUGUCAGCCUUACCCAGGAAAUGUCUUCUCAGUCUCCUGAUGUUAAGCCGCCGCUCUUCCCACAUUCCAGUGAUAACACUGACAUGGACACUAAGGACACCUUUGAUGGACAUACGCUUCAAGGGUCCACAGAUCACCCCUCCGACUCUACUGGCACCAUGGAUGUUUCCACAUUUAACCUGAAACAGUCCCCCAAAGAUGCAUAUCUGCCUCAAGCCAACAAGGGCAGCGCACUACCUUCCCAAACCUUCCCUUCACUUCUGUCGUCCAAGCAGCCAAGCAUAGUCAUGACCCAGAAGCCAACAGCGUAUGUGCGGCCCAUGGAUGGUCAAGACCAGGUGGUCAGCGAGUCACCUGAGCUGAAGCCUUCACCAGAGCCAUAUGUACCUCUACCGGAGUUAAUCACCAAAUCUGACCUGGGCAAAACGAAGAUACUGCCAGAAUAUUUGGAGACAAGGACAAAUGAAGUUCAGUGUGUUGAGGACAUCUUGAGGGAAAUGACCCAUUCGUGGCCCCCUCUCCUGACAGCUAUACACACACCUAGCACAGGUGAACCAUCCUCCAAGUCCCCGUUCCCAGCCAAGGAAGCAGAGCAUGUCUCUUCAUGUCAAGGACAAAAAAUCUUUGAGUCCCCUCCUGCAGAUCCACCCCAGCUCAUCCAGCAGAGCUCCUCCUCUUCAUUUGAACCAGCACAUUCCAGAGGGGGAGAGUCCGCCAGCUCCAGCGACUCAGACAGUAGCUCAAGGUCAGAGUCGGACAGUGAGAGCACCAUCGAAGAGCCGCCUCAACCCCCAAUGAGCAUCUCCAUUAAAACAGAGCCUUAUGCUCCAGCAGUGACCCAUGGCGACUGGCAGUUGGGGAACUGGAUCAGGUCUAGCCAGCAGACCUCAAGCACAGAAAAUCAAAGCGGUGGUUAUGCCUCUGAGAGCUCUGUUCACAAACCACCGCCACCGCCCACUCAAAGCUCCAAUCGCUCACUCAGUGUAGAGGUCGUUGACCCCGCCAGGGAGUCCAAACCUCAGCCUUCUUCUCAGCAGAAGGAGUUCACUGAUAGGCUUGCAAAACCUCAGCAGCACAGUGAAAGACCUCAGGAAAACUACAACCAUCAAAGUAGCCAAAAAUCCUCGUCUGCUGAUCUGAACAGCUGUAGCAGUUCCAGGAAACUAUCAUGCAACACGCAUUCCUCAAAACCAGUGAAGACCGGUUGCCCAGAUCGCACUGAAGCAGCUAUCAGUGUGAAGUCUGAGGAAGUUGUCACUCCACGAGACAAAGACCCCUGUUUCACAGAUAGACCCAAGGUAAAGACGAAAACAGGACAUAGUAAGAAAAGCAAGGAGAACAGUGACACUAAAAGAGACAGAAAGAGGACUUCUAAACACGCGUCACUUGACAAGUGGAAGGCUGGAUCACAGCCUGAAGUCACGCAGGUCCUGUGUGGUCACUGCCGAUGUCCUAAACCCUGCUCCUGCCCCACCCAAAGUCCUGCUCAGCCUGACCAGUUGCCUCCUGCCCCGCCACUCAGAAUCAGUUGUAAACCAAAGUCAGAGACCAUCUGCCAGAAGGGCACCAAGAUUCCUCACAAAACAACCCACAAACACUCAGAGAAGACUGGGCGGACAGCCAAGACUUCUCAGGACAGGCCUCCUAGAUCCCUGCUGGUUAAGAUUGAUCUAAGUCUACUUUCAAGAGUCCCACGGACUUCCGGCAACCACCAGGAGACACCCGGCAAAGCAAAGAGAUCAGCACUGGUCAUAGAGCAAGAUGGAGGGGGCAGUGAUGCUUCUAAAAAACACAAACUCUCCAAAACCAGCAAAAAGAGUAUAUCUCAAAAUGUUGAGGUAGACAAUAAAUCUCUUCCCAGAAAGAAACCGAGGCUGGAAAACAAGAAUACCUCAUCAACUCCUGCUUCUGUCAAACUGGAAUGUUCCAGCAACGCAAAACAGGACAGAGAGCGAAAGAAGGUAAAGAAAAACCCUGUUCCUGUGCAGCAUCCCCCGACACCCAAAGAUGUUGCUAAAGGCACAAAGGUUCACAAGCGCAGCUCUGGGGAAACCGGUAAGGAGGCUGUAAAGGUCAAAGAUGCACGCAAGCACAAGAAGAGCAGUGGGAAGCAAACUGAGUAUCCACAGUUAGAAAAGCAGAAACCCCCAAAGAGCAGCCAUGUCGCUGUCCCAUCAUCUUCACAGCCCCCCAGAGAAGCUUUGACUAACAGGCCCUUGCUGAGAUUUGACGACCGGCAGUAUUCUGUGAAGCAUUACAUUAAGGAAGCCAAAAAACUGAAGCACAAAGCAGAUGCAGAGUCUGAUAAGCUCAGUAAAGCUUUCAACUACCUGGAUGGAGCCAUGUUCUUCGUUGAAAGUGGCAUUGCGAUGGAAAAAGAACCAUACAUUUCAAAGGGUUUCUACACUAUGUUUGCAGAUACGGUGGAACUGCUCAAGUUUGUGCAGAAGCUUAAAAGCUCAAUGGACGCCUCCAUUACACCCUCUGAAAAGGACUUUUUAGCUUUAUGUUUGAAGUGCCAGUCUCUACUGCAGAUGGCCAUGUUUCGCCACAAACACAAAACUGCACUCAAGUAUUCAAAGACCCUCGCUGAUCACUUCAGUAACUCAAGUCACGAUGUCUCUGUGGUAACACCAAAGGUCACAGACACCCCGUCCUACAAGCCCAACAUGCCGUCUCCAGCCAACACAUCUACCAGUGCAGCUCCCGCCUCCAACCACAGUGGCAGCGGGUUGGUUGUGGACCCUGUCUGCAGUACUGUGGCAGUUCCUCAGGCCAUUGGACAAGUAGCAUUCACCUACGUCAAAAUCACGACAUUGUUCUUGAACUCUCAAGAGGCCUGGGAGCAGGCAGAGGAGUUGGCACAAAGAGGCAGCGGUUUGCUGGCGGAGCUGGACACCGUUAUGGGCCCGUUGAGCCUGACGUCAAGUAUGAGCUCUAUGGUCCGUUACACAAGACAAGGCGUCUACUGGCUGAGGCUGGACAGCCAAAAGGUAAAGUGACCAACAACCUGCUCACUGAACACCUGCAGAAGACUCAGAGCUGCCUCCCAUUACCUUUACUUCACCUCAGCGUGUGACUCUGAUAACCACAUGAACUGUCCCUCAGACUCUUCCCAGUUUUCAUUUCUUCUCAUGGACGUCAACUCAUCUCAUUGAGAAGGUAGACAAAGAUGUCAUCUCAUGUAAUCAUUGCACUUCUUAUUUAUUGUCUCUCUCUGUCUAUCUGGCACUUUUAUAAACCUGGGUUACGUCUGCUGUAAUCCACAUAUUUCAUGUCUUGCACGUACAUUGUAUCUUCUGGUUUCUCUUUUGAAAUAAUUUGGGAAUCACAUUUUUUUUUUAUCCAGGGGUGACCUUAACUAAAUUUGGAUGGAAGCAGGUUAAAUACAACCAGAAGUGCCAUUUGGUAACUUUAUAAUUCUCUCUUGCCUUAUCACAUGGUUGUGGAGGAAGUCCUGACACAGAUCGUAUUUACUAUGACCACUUUAGCUAAUGUUUCUAUAAGACACUGAUCAUGAUUUUUCUUUAUUUUUUUCUUUAAACAGAUUCAUUUUAAACUAAUCCCUUGUUGGCAUCUGUAUUUUCAGUUUUUCAAAUGAGUGUUUACACAGCUCUGGUAAGAUUGAACACAUUUUUUGUGCAAUAAUAAGUGCGUUAUAAAUAAUCAUUUUUAAAAAGUGCCAUACAAAAUACUGAAUUGAAUGUAGGUUGAAUUAUGGAUUGAGUGUGUUGCCUAUAACAAAGAUAAAUCUGGAUAUUAAUAAUGAUAUAAGGAGGCAGAGUAAGAAAGGUUAUAUGACUUCAGGGGAGAUUUACCUGUGAGGUUCAUACUGUUAAUUGAAAAGGUCUUGUCCAUGUUGCUACGAAUGAUGAUUGGAAAUGUUUUUGAGAGCUGCCAGACUCAAGAUUCUGAUGGCACAUGGUUUUGUUGUUAUGAUGGUUGAUAGUUUGCAGCUCAAGAUCAGGAUCUGGCUGAUAAUGACGAGUCGUGACUAGUUUGUUGGACCAAAGCAGAUUUUAUUCUUGUCCUUCUGUUAAGAAAAAUUGCACUUGUGCCCUCCUUCUAAUGGAAGUUAUAGAAGCAUCAAAUUGAAGUAAACAACUUAAAAGGAUAAUUUGGGUUUAUUGAAGUGGGGUUGUAUGAGUUAUUUACCUACAGUAGAUGGAGGUUGGCAUGCUAUAUUUAGAAUAUUUUCAUCACUUCAUUGAAGCCGUUACCUAUGUUGUCUUUAAAGCCACCAAAAUCCUUUGCUAAAAACAGCAAUUUUACCUCGCAGAAAAUAGAGGUUGCUGGUCUACCUCUGCCUUAAUUGGUUAGUUUGUUUGUUUUAUUGUGUGACUGGUGAAUCUGAACUAACCAUUUAAAACACAAAAGUUGCACUAUAAUUCAAACAAAUUAGCCGAUCAAGGCAGCGGUAGACCAGCAUCAACUGUGUUCUGGAAGGUAAAAUUGCUGUCUUUGAAGAAAACAUAGAUAAGAGCUUCAGUCGCCCCUUUGUAAACUUGGACAGAGCUGUCUGACAGUAAGAUAAAGCGCUGACAAUACUCUUGCACACUUAAACUGAUAUUGAUAAUUUUUUAGUGUGUUUGUUUUAGUGUCUGAAAUACAUUCUGCUGCUGCAUCCGUUAGCUUCUGUGUCAGUACUCCUGCCCGCUUCUCCAGAUUGGGGGCAUGCUGAGCACCAUCUUCUGUACUGACUGUAGAUAAGUACCUCAUACAACAGCACUUAAAGAAAAAAUCCCACCUUCCCUUUUUACUACUUGCAAAAACAAAAAAGGGGAGGUCAAUUUAAAUCCCCUACUUUCCUGUAGGUAUAGUGGUAGAUGUAGUGGUGGACAUUGGUCGUGCUCAUGAGUUUGAGUUACCUUUCAAGUAUAGCGGGACUACCGGUCGUUCAACAGAUAUGACACUUCAGUAGUGUUCACUUUAUUUGUUUUUGCACCAGUAAGCUGCUUUCCUCUGUUUCCCACACUUUUGUUGAGUAGCAAAUAUUGAGUUGCAAUACGUUUACUAUAACUGUGGGAGUACAAUAAAAGGCCAAACUAUUGCUUACAAAAUAAUGCACUUUGUUGAGUAUUUGUAGUUAAUUUCAGAGCCUCGAUGGACAAAAAGAACACCAUGUUCCCAAGAAGACCGUCAGGACUGUGCUAGUCUUUACUCUUUGUUUAUUGAUUCAAAGCAAUAAAGCACGAGUUCUGUUGGUUCAAAACUUUUAGUGAGGUGUUGACAUUGUUAUCACAAGUUCACGGGAGUUUCCAAAAUAAUCAGUAUGAAAUUAGUGAUGUUGGAGAAGGAACAUUACUGUAGUUUAGUGCAUUUAAAUAGCACAUUUCUGGUUUUGAAAUGUUUCGCUUGUUAAUUCAGUUGGCAUGUCUGUGUGCAAUUACACAAUAAAAGGGCUAAACGAGGAUCACAAAGUGUUCCUGACUUUAUUUUCUCACACAAAUGAUCGUGAUAUUUUUUUAAGUACGGAGCGAGUACACUGGUGCCAUGGCGUUUGAGGUUAUUUUUAUGUACCGAUUAUCAGCAGGCUGCUUUAAAAAUGAUCUUUAGAGUUUCUUACCGUAGACAUCUACACUGCACAUAAGGUCAUUCUGGCAUUUGACAUUCAUGAAUAAUGCAAUGGUUUUCCUGUCUUUUUCAACCUUUGGCUUUAUUUCCAUAAUCCUUGAUUGUCUGUGCUUCAUUUAUGAAUUACUCCGCAACAAGUUUACACUUCUUGUCCAAAUAAUUAUUUACUAGAAAAAUGUUCAGAAAGCUUUUUGAAGGAUGCUUUUUUUCCUUUUGUGAAAUAUGUAAAGAAUUUGUGUUGCAGUGUACAGAGAUAAAUAAACACUGGGAAUCAA